UGAAUAUCAUGUGACCAACAAUCCUCCAAUCAAAUGACAAGGAUCCACUUAGGUGUUGUAUAAAGAGUGUUAUUCUUGGAAACCAUAAUGCCGUUCUGAUCUGGUUUCUCAACUAGACCAGGAUGAGACCGCACAACCAAUAUAGAGUCAGCUCGUGAGCAACACUGAGCGAUGAGGAGUUAGGCCAAGCGCUGGUGUAAGAUAACUGCUGUGUCAAUUUUUUUUUCUAUUUGAGAGGCGAACAUAAUAUUUGCAAAGAUGCCACAAAUUAUUCCAAUUUAUCAUCCACUUUGGGCGGUUAUAAUUACGGUCUUUGUUUCUUGGUGUACAUCUGGAGGAUCGGGUGGCUUGCCAUUGACUUGUACGAGUCCCUGUCAGCAAACGGAUUCAUCUCGUGUUUCAAGUUCACCUUUUCCACCAUGCGUUAUUAUUCCAAAUUGUUGGAAUCGGGACACCGUACCUGUAAACCAGGCACCAGGUGGCCCCAUCCAGGUUGGUAUGGGUUCUUCAUCUGUCAUAGGACCAGAUGGAAAGGUCUACCUGAAGAUCAUUCCUCAGUGGCGUGCAUCACAAGAUCGCAUAAGCCUUUUGACUGGAUAUGAAGUUAAAGUCAUGUGCAGCAGGAAUAUUUGUGCUUCACAAUAUUUCUGUUUCACAGUCUCAUUCAACAAAACCUUGACCAUCGAGGACACUCGUUCUAAUUUUACGGUGAGUUGUCAGUAUGGGAAUUUUUCCCAGCCUAGCAUGGACUACGUCAUCAUUAUCCGGAGCCUUCCAAAAAGUAAUGAUGAUUCGAACAGAGGGAGUCAGAUUGCAGCACUUCCAAGUUGUAAACAAGAACCACAGGUUGCUCUUUGCAAUAUUGACUCUCCCGAGGACUGGGUGCCACAAUACAAACCCUUCAUUACUCAGAUCAGCAAUGGUUCUGUAUUUGUUUCAUUUUGGCCCAGUACCAGUACGAAAUAUCCCCGGUACCAUGUUUUUCUUGAUGAAGUUGAUGUUAAAAAAGGUAGCAUUCCACACCGCUCUGCAGCAUACUUUGAUUCAAGUGGCAUUAUGCACUUUAAUAGUACAAUGGCCAACGAUGUAAUGAAAGAGACCAAUGAAAUCUGGUUCAUUUAG